CCUAAUUGCGCUUAUCCACUUGACUUUUUUUUUCCUCUUUUCUUUUUGUGAUUGACUUGACAUCUUUAUUUUAAUAAAAUCUUUUAUUUUUUUGUCGUCUAUUUUAAUAAAAUCUAACUUCUUGUUUUGUAGAUAAUGCACGGAGUAUUUACACCUGAUUAAUGUCAAUAGAAAAACCUUCACGCUACACACCCACCUCGCUUUCUAUAAAUAUAGGUUUUUCAGGGGACACCCAUACUCUCACCAGCUGCUUCUUGAAUAAUCUUUUUUAAUAACACAUAAACAAAACUAGUUUUUUGAGAGAUCGCUUACGAUGGCUUCUAAAGCAUUGCUUUUCUUAAGUCUCAUUGUCGCUCUUCUCAUAGUCUCUGAGGUGGCAGCUAGGGACCUCGCUGAGAACAAUGAAAUAGAGAAAGAAGAAGGAAAGCAAACUGAACAGUAUGGAGGGUAUCCAGGAGGAGGAUACGGUGGAGGCUACCCAGGUGAAGGAUACGGUGGAAACCGCGGUGGCGGAUAUGGUGGAAACCGCGGUGGUGGAUAUGGUGGUAGGAGCGGAUAUGGAGGACGUGGAAGAGGAUAUUGUCGCUACGGUUGUUGCUACAGAGGUUACUACGGUGGUUGCUCUAGGUGCUGUGCUUAUGCUGGUGAGUCUGUUCAAACUCAGGCAGAGAGUACUGAUCCAGGUCACUAAAAGUCAUGCAUAUGGAUUUCUCAUGCUGUGUUGGUCAAAUAAAAUGGAAAUAUAUAUAGUGAAGUACCGUGAUUGGAAAGUUAUUUACAAUUAAAGAUAUGCGAGUCUCGAAAUUUGUGCGUUUGUUGUUUGUGGUGUAAUAAUCUAUGUUUGCAUGAUAAAGUAUGCUUGACGUGUGUAUCACAAAAAUACACGAAAUCGUCAACAAUGAAAUAUAUUCAAGAAAGGUAAUCAUAUACACGUUUUUCAAAUAACUUCCUCAAUGACCACUAAGAUACUUCCGUAUAAUUAAAAUCAAAAAUAAAACACACUUAAAACACACUUUCAAAUAAUCACUUAAAGUUUCAUAUUUUCAUCACAAAGCCUAUUCACUUGAUACAAGAUAAGCUUCUUUUCUUUAUUUUCAUCGUUAUAUUUUUAUUAAAAUCUCGUCUUCAAAUUUUGUUUUGGGAUAAUUUAGUGAAUAACUUAAAAAUAAUUAUAAUUCAGUUUCGAAACAAUUUCUCUCUCUCUCUAUCUCUUUCUAUCUGUUUCUAUGAAAAAUGGUUAGUUUAUCAGUUAUUUUUCCUUUUUAGUUAUCCACCAAAAUUUUUCCUUUUUUCAUUUUUACGAUCUUAUAUUUCUUUUUCCAGUCAGAGUUGAUGCAAAAUUAUAUAUUAACGUAUUUAGGUUUAACUGUGAGAGACCUGACCACAAAGUAAUAUUUAGGUUAAUUAAUGGAUCUCCGACCCUAGUUUUCCCCGGAAAUUCUAACUAUUAACUUAAACCUCCGUUGAUUCAAGUUGCCUCCAUCUUGGGCUCAAGGCGAGAAACACAGAUGUGAUUUCAGCCAUCCACGCAUCUUCCUUCGAUGAUUCUUCAAGUUUCCAAUCCUCUGUUAAUUCCACAUUCUUAAUCUCUUGUAAGUUAUUUUUGCUGUGAUAACUGAAAGCUUUGAACUUUGCUUUAGGUUUUAUUCUACGAAUCAUCAAAAUUCACCCUUUUCUCCGCAACUUCUCCAACGAGCAACACAUGCUCUUCUGAUGUCUCAACAACACAAGUAAACACUUUUGACAUGUGUGUUCUUCUUUAUGCCUUGUCUUCUACUGAUUUCUUCAAGACUCUUUUUAAAAUCAUAACUUGAUUUCACAAAUCUUUUAACAGAAGCUCACCUCAAGUCAAUAACUCCUUAUUUAACUUUAGGUAAAUCAUUAUUUAACUUUGUAAAAUCAUAACUUAAUUUCACAAAUCUUUUAACAGAAGCUCCACCUCAAGUCAGUACCUCCUUAUUUAACUAUACAUUAGACUAAUACCUGCGUUACGCCGCGGAUUUCCAUUCCUAAUAUAUAUUCUCUAUUUAAAAAAAACUCUAUUGGUUAAAAGUAUAGUUAUUAGUGUUUCUAUGCGACUUAACCAACUAAUGAUGCUGAAUAUAUAUAUUUUUUGUCAUCUAAAUUUUAUUAAACUAUCAAAGUAUAAAAAUGAUUACAAAGUCAAUACAAAACAUUGAAAUACAAAUUAUUACAUAAGUAGAUAUAUGCGCCAUAUACUUAGACGAUAUAUAUAAAAAACGAAUUUGAAAUGUUGCUUUCUUUUGAAGAAAAGCCUUGCACGCUAACGGAAAUUGUGUGCUGUUAUUUUUCUUUUUCUAUAAUUGUCACUCGGUUACGAUAGGUAUGCCAGAUUGGCAUUGCUAUUUUUACUUUCCAAAUCGAACCGACAAAGGCUAUUGCAUCCAUUAAAUGUCCAUAUUGGCGUCUUUGCUGAUAGUGUAAACUUUAUAUUGUUUCCUCUUUGACUCCAUAUAUCCUUGCAUCCAUCCAAAGCUUCUUUCCAACUAUAUGGUGCAUGAAACGGAUCUGAGCAUGCGACUGAAAACAACUUGGGAUUGGUAUUCAAGAUUGACAAGUUAAAAUUUCAGGGAGGUGUUUUGGGUUUAAAACGAGAAACCGAUGCCCAGUUAAGUAUUCCACUAAAAACUGUAGGCAACGGGAAGAAACUGAUGAAUAUUACCACCAGAAAAACCCUCCCAAAAUGAGAGACAAAACAUUCUCUUCCAAUAGAUUUUUGGAACUGUAAGUAAAACCAUUUUCUUCACAACAUGAUUUGGCUAGUCCUAAUCUAAAUUCCAAAGGAAGGAAUGAAAGUACUAAAACACAUCGUAGUAGAUGCACUAUAACUAUGAAAAUCUGAAUAAUGAAAACUCCAAUUUUGUUCAAAAGGAAAGUCUUUGGUAUUGAUUUUUCAAAAAGAAUUGGAGUUAAACAACAAAAGAUGAAUAAAACAGAGGCAUAUGAAAAGGAAUCAAAGGCUAGAAUCAUCAAAUGAAGGAAAAUGCAUAAAACAAAAUCGAAUCGAGAGAAAAAACGGUUAUUGACAACAAACCCUUGUAGAUCCGAACAGGCACCGUGUACUAGUACCCAUCUAAAUAACAAAUCAGAAUAGAUUGUAAUCAUCCACUCAAUCAUAUAUGGAAUCACCGUCAUGUGUUUUUUUCUUGUAAAAACACCAUUUCACUAUCAUUAUCGAUGGAUUCUUUCGCAAUUCUUAUCCAAUUACAUUAUCGAUACCCAUCUUAAUGAUGUUUUUUUUUGUAUCACAUCUUGAGCUUGUACUAAAGAUACUUCGCCAAGAAGGACUUUAUACAAACUUAAAGAAGUGUGCAUUCUUUACUAAUAAGCUAGUUUUUUUAGGUUUUGUUUUAAGCUCGCAGGAUUUACAGAUUGAUGAUGAGAAAAUUAAGGUUAUAAAGGGGUGGCCAACACCAACAAGUGUCAGCCAAGUCAGAAGUUUCCACGGCCUAGCCAGCUUCUACCGCCGGUUCGUGAAGGAUUUUAGCAGUGUAGCAGCUCCCCUCACGGCUGUAAUCAAGAAGAACAUAGAGUUUGUAUGGGGAUAAGCUCAACAAAAGGCGUUUGAAGACCUUAAAGAGAAACUUACCAAUGCACCAGUCUAGAUCCUACCUGAUUUUGAGAAGACGUUUGAAGUGGAGUGUGAUGCAUCAGGAGUUGGCAUUGGGGCAGUACUAACUCAAGGAGGCAAGCCAGUAGCCUUUUUCAGCGAGAAGCUAGGAGGUGCCACGCUAAACUGUCCUACAUAUGACCGAGAGCUAUAAGCUCUAGUAAGAGCGUUGGAGACUUAGCAACAUUAUCUGAUGUCAAGAGUGUUUGUAGUGCAUACUGAUCACGAGACAUUGAAGCACCUCAGAGGACAAACUCACCUAAAGAAGAGGCACGCCCGUUGGAUGGAGUAUAUAGAGACGUUUCCCUACAUUAUCAAGUAUAAGAAGGGGAAGGAAAACAUUGUAGCUGACGCUCUAUCUAGAAGACAUGUUCUGAUCUCAACCAUGGAGGCUAAAGUUAUGGGGUUCGAAUACAUCAAGGAGCUAUAUGAUGAAGACAUUGAAUUGAAAGAUAGCUACAACGGUUGCAACAAUGGAGGACAAGGCAAAUUCUAGAUCUAUGAGGGUUUUCUAUUCCGAGAAAAGAGGCUUUGUAUUCCCCAUUGCUCUCUUAGGGAUUUGAUCGUAAGAGAAGCUCACGGUGGUGGACUUAUGGGGCAUUUCGGUGUAAACAAGACCUUAGCCAUCGUCAAAGAACACUUUUACAGGCCUCACCUCAAGAAAACCGUGGAAGCUCAUUGUGCUAGGUGCGUGACGUGCAAGAAAGCCAAGGCUAAAGUACACCCUCAUGGGUUAUACUUACCUUUACCCAUCCCCACGGCACCUUGGGUAGACAUCUCCAUGGAUUUCGUACUUGGGCUACCAAAGAUUCGCGGGAAGGAUUCCAUAUUCGUGGUGGUAGACCGCUUCUCAAAAAUGGCACAUUUCAUACCAUGUGCCAAGGUGAAUGAUGCUUCUCAAACGGCUGACUUGUUCUUCAAGGAGAUAGUCCGAUUACAUGGAGUGCCAAGAACAAUCGUUUCAGACCGGGAUAGCAAGUUUCUCAGCCAUUUCUGGAGAACCUUGUGGAAGAAGCUAGGAACAAAGCUCUUAUUUUCUACCACUUGCCACCCCCAAAUGGAUGGACAAACAGAGGUAGUCAACCGGACCUUGUCAGCUUUGUUGAGAGCAACUAUUGGGAGAAACAUGAAGAAUUGGCUUGAGUGUAUACCAUUCAUAGUGUUCGCUUACAACCGGGCACAAUAUUCAGCCACCAAGAUGUCCCCUUUUGAGAUAGUCUACGGAUUCAACCCUACCACGCCUCUAGACCUAACACCAUUGCCACCAGCCGAAGCAGUAAGUCUAGUAGGAGAAGAGAAAGCAGCGUUUAUCAAGAAGUUGCAUCAGAAGGCUAAAGAAAACUUGGAAAAGAGAACCGAGCAGUAUACAAAGCACGCCAACAAGGGGCAAAAAGAAGUUGUGUUUACACCAGGAGAAUGGGUUUGGCUACACAAGAGGCAAGAAAGGUUUCCAAACCAACGGAGCUCAAAGCUAAAACCAAGAUCUAUCCUAUCUCAAUGGUUGUUGAUCAGCGUGGGGGGGAAUCCCAGUAAGAAAUAGCUUGAGUUGUUGGUGGAAGUGACCUAGACAUAUUUCUAUUUAUAGGAGGAACCCCUUUUCUUCCGCUAGGUAAGUGGAUUCCUCUAGUCAACCAAUUUCAGGUGAACCCUAGGAACUGUCAUCCAAUCUAGAAGAUUAGCUCACCAGAACUCCUCAGGUUACGAAAACAAGGAGCUGGUCUCAGAAAAAGAAAAGGAGUGUGCUGACUUCAAGCAGAGGAGUAGCUAGUCAACCAACCAAGGACCAAUCAUCGGGUGAGGCAUUCCUCGGAUUACCUGUACUGUUCCUGGUCAAUGGAAGGGUCGGAGUGUGCUGAGCAGAAGGAGACGGCCCAUUCAAGAUCCUUGAGAAGAUCAAUGACAAUGCCUACCGUCUUGAACUUCCAGGUGAGUUCAAUGUAUCUUCUACUUUUAAUGUAUCUGAUCUAGCUCCAUUCCUUGCAGAUGAUCCUGUUUUGAGGUCAAAACCUAUUCAAGAGGGAGGGAAUGAUGGAGAUAUACAUGAAGAACCGGACUUAACCGAACCUCAAGUGAUAGAAGUGCCAACCAGAGCUAUUACUAGAGAAAGAGCAAGAGUGCUACAACACAAGUACAAUCAGGCCAUCAUGUUAGCCGGCCAACAAGCUGAUGAUCA